AUGGCCUCGAAGCAAUGCACCUCCCCAGAGGCCCAGGGGCAGCCUUCGAGCCUGAAUGAGCUGCUGGCGCUCUUGGCCCCGCAGGCGACUGCCACAGAGGCAGAUGAGGCGCACCGAGCCAGCAUCAUUCUUCAACAUGCAGCCCACGGUCCUCGCAUUACGGAUGCCCAGCUGGCGCAAUGCGACGAAGAGGCUGCAGAGCAGCUCCGUGCCUUGCAGAUUCUCCAAGGUGUGCUCGGAGAUCGUGCACCCGGUGCCGCUCCAGUAAGCAGUGACCUAUGGCUACCUGAAAACGGACUUUCGGACGAAGACGACCUUUACCAAAGCUCCCUUCCAGGUAUCCGACAAGCUGACAGCGGAGCUCACCACAUUGCCGUCCAGGAGCUGGAAGUGCCGUUGCCGAGGUUGAAGAUGUCCCUGCGGCUUCUGGAGGCUGCUGACAGCCAGCAGGCGACGCGCAGCUUCAAGGAGCUUGGGCACGAUGAUCCAUUUGGCUCCAAGGCCUGGCCCUCUGCGUACCUGGUUGCAGACAGGCUUCUGUCAGAAGAUCUCCAGGGCCGUUCUGUGCUGGAACUUGGCUGUGGAACAGGCUUCGUGGCAAUCGCUGCACUUCUAGGCGGUGCACGGUCCGUCCUUGCAACAGAUCGUGCCAAGCUGAACGUGGACUCUGCACAGCGGUCUGCCCAUCUCAAUGGCCUGGAUCUCCAGGGUCAGGUCUUCGAUGUGACCUCGUCGGAGUCCUUACCGUGUCGAGGUGGAAAAGCUUUUGACUACGUUGUAUUUGCAGACGUGCUGUACUGGCCGGCAGAGGCGUCUGCCUUUGGUCGGCGGGCAGCGGAAGCCUUCGCCCAGGGGUCCACCGUUAUCAUGGCAGAUCCCGGGCGACGGCGCGAACAGUUUCUAGGCGAGCUGCGUUCUGAGCUUGCACUUCGAUUGGGAAGCCGGCCCCUGCCAAAGAUUCAGCCGGAGCCGACGGAGUUUCCCGAGCACGUGUGGACUUGGGUGUCUGCGGAGGUUCGAACCGCUUCCUCCCUCUUCUGCCAGGCGCCGUUCGUUCUUGUCUUGCAACAAGCUCGACACGCCAAGGUGCACUUCGAGAUCGUCGAUUAG